AUGAACGGCGCCGGUGAGUCCUCCUUAAAGCGCAGGAGCAAAAAUCACAAGUCUCCCACUAACGGCGUUAAGGUGGCAAACGGCGCCAUGGCCAAAACUGCUUCGACGCAUUAUUCAGAUGCUUCGUUCAUGAAAUGGACCCUGGCCGAUGCUGUCUACGUGGCGACACAUCAUUGGAUACUGUGCCUAUUUGCAUUGGGGCUCCUUUUCUUCAUGGGCGUGGAGUACACGCUUCUCAUGGUGCCAUCAUCCGCGCCGCCCUUUGACUUGGGUUUCAUUGCCACGCGCCCCCUCCAUGCGCUCCUCGAGUCGUCGCCGCACCUCAACACGCUCUUCGCUGCCCUCAACACGAUGUUUGUUGGAAUGCAAACGAGCUAUAUCCUGUGGACGUGGCUGAUUGAAGGACGCCCCAGAGCUACAAUUUCAGCACUGUUCAUGUUCACAUGUCGUGGGAUUUUGGGGUACUCCACCCAGCUCCCAUUGCCUCAGGAGUUUUUGGGUUCUGGUGCGGACUUCCCUGUUGGAAACGUGUCUUUUUUCUUGUUUUUUUCGGGACACGUUGCAGGGUCAGUGAUUGCUUCCUUAGACAUGAGAAGGAUGCAGAGGAGGGAACUGGCUUGGACUUUUGAUGCGCUCAAUGUUUUGCAAGCUGUGAGGUUGCUGGGUACCAGAGGCCAUUACACUAUUGAUUUGGCCGUAGGGGUUGGUGCUGGAGUUCUUUUUGACUUUUUAGCUGGCAAGUACGAAGAUAGCAAAAGGAAAGGUGCUCUCACCACAAAGUAG